AUGUCUACUGCUAAUCUAAGUUCUAAGCAGACUGUCGAGUACGAGCAAAAGUACUCUGCUCACAAUUAUCAUCCGCUUCCAGUGGUAUUCCACAAGGCUUCUGGUGCACAUGUUUGGGAUCCAGAGGGUAAAGAAUAUUUAGAUUUCUUAUCUGCCUACUCUGCUGUUAAUCAGGGCCAUUGUCAUCCAAAGAUUAUCGAAGCUCUAGUGGAUCAGGCUUCUAAGCUAACGCUUUCUUCAAGAGCUUUCUCAAAUGACUCUUUUGCGGAGUUCGCCAAGUAUAUCACCGAGUAUUUCAACUACGAAAUGGUUUUGCCCAUGAAUACUGGUGCAGAAGCCGUCGAAUCAGCUUUGAAGCUUGCCAGACGUUGGGGUUACGAGACAAAGAAGAUCCCAGAGGGCCAAGCUAUCGUUUUGGGUGCUGAAGGGAACUUCCACGGUAGAACUUUCGGAGCUAUUUCUCUAUCUACUGAUGAGGAAGAUUCUCGUAAGAAUUUCGGACCAUUUUUGGUCAACACUACUUCUGAAUCCCCAGCUACUAAGCGUAAGGUACGUUACGGUGUUGUUGAAGAUAUCGAAGCUGCAUUCAAGAGUCACGGUGACAAGAUUGCAGCUAUCAUAUUGGAACCUAUUCAGGGUGAAGCAGGGAUCGUUGUUCCUCCAACAGACUAUUUGACAAAGGUUCAGAAAUUGUGUCGUGAAUACAACGUCUUGUUCAUUUGUGAUGAAAUCCAAACCGGUGUAGGUCGUACCGGUAAGAUGCUGUGCUACGAGCACUCUCCAGAUGUGAAGCCAGAUGUUGUUUUGCUAGGUAAAGCUAUUUCUGGUGGUGUCUAUCCUGUUUCCUGUGUUCUUUCCUCCAAGGAAAUCAUGCUUACUUUGGCCCCAGGUUCUCACGGUUCCACUUACGGUGGUAACCCAUUGGCCUCCAGAGUUGCCAUCGCGGCUUUGAAAGUCGUUAAGGAUGAAAAACUGGUCGAGAGAGCCCAGGAGCUAGGUGAAUUGCUACAAAAAGAGCUCGAAGCUUUGCAGAAGGAAUCUAACGGUGCUAUUUCCGAAGUUCGUGGCCGUGGGCUCCUCACCGCCAUUGUCAUCGAUCCAAAGAAGGCCAAUGGUCGUACUGCCUGGGAUCUGUGUCUAAUUAUGAAGGAUCACGGUGUCCUAGCUAAGCCAACUCAUCAACACAUCAUCAGAUUGGCUCCUCCACUGACCAUCUCGAAGGAGGACCUGCUGAAAGGUGUACAGGUCAUCAAGGAGUCACUUGCUAAGUUACCAACAGCUCCAAAGAGUGAUCACUAA